AUGGCUGAUGAGAGGAAGAACGGAGGCGGUGCCGGGGGCGGUUGCUGGACGUGUCGCCUCCGCCGGAAGAAGUGCGACGAGGGCAGACCCAGAUGCCGAAACUGCACGCUACUGGAGAUCCCUUGCCACAGUGGCGCCGUCAAGCCAGAUUGGAUGGAUGGGGGCACGAAACAGAGGGACAUGGCUCAGAGGAUCAAAGCCCAGGUGAAGCGCGGCGCGGAUGUGCGGCGAGAGAAGCAAACAACGACAGGCCAGGGUACGAGUACGAGUACCUGUUCAGGAGAAGGCGGGAACUUCAUCCUCGAAUCAGGACGGGCCAACGGCGCACCGAGACUUGAAGACUCGGAUCAACGCCACGCAAUGCGGCGGCCGCAAGUGUCGACACGAGAAGCAAACACUGCUCGGCCGCCUCCGCGCCAGAUCGUCGGCUUGAACUGGACCACGUCGGUGCUCGGCUUUCUCGACGCCUACGAGGAAGUCACCCUUGACGACGACGACCAUCUCCCGAUUCUGGCGCGCGGGCGCGACUUCGAACUCGACUUCCUGAUGAAGUACCUGGACUAUGUCUUCCCUCAUCAAUUCCCGUUCUACCGUCCGAGCUUGCACGAGACGGGCCGGAGCUGGGUGCUGGCCCUCCUGCGGCGGAGCAGAGCGGCCUUCCAUUCGGCCAUGAGCCUCAGCGCCUACUUCUUCACGUUCACGCUGAUCGACCCGUACCCGGGCCAGCAUGACGCGUGUAAAGCCCAGCUGUGGGCCAAAGUGGGCAGCCAGACGGAUAUGUGUUUCAAGAUGAUCCAGCGCGACAUACGGGCUUUGAGCGAUCGUGGUGCUCGGGCGACGCUCGUCGAAAAGUCCCAAGUCAUGGAGAGUAUUGUCCAGGUUUUGCUUUUCGAGGUCACGCUGGGUAGGUCCGCCAACUGGAACCUGCAUCUGACGCCCGCUCUCGCGCUCUUUGACCAGAUCUGGCAGAGUGCCAGUUUCAGUACUGCCACAGAACUGCCGGGAUCUAAACUGCUGGCCGUGCUGGAUACAAUGACGUUGAGUCUCCAGUUUGGUCUCGAGCACGACGGCGGGGGAGGCGGCUACGUUUGGAGCCCCGAGCAGGCCGGGUUCCGGUUCUUCACGGGGCUCUUGGUCUUUAUCGAUAUCAUCGCUAGCACUGCGCUUGAGCGGGCACCGUGGUUAAGUGAGCGACAUGCACACCUUCUUGCCGAUCGCGACCGUGGGGUGCCUGUCUUUGGCGCCGUCACCGUCCAACUGUCCGGUCUGGUUGGCUGUCAGAACUGGGUCCUCCUCGCAGUCAGCCAGGUAACCCUGCUGGACGUGUGGAAGAAGGAGAUGAAAAGGACGGCGAGAUUGUCCAUGACGGAACUAGUCGAUCGCGCGAGCCACAUUGCUCGGACGCUGCAUGAUGGGGUUUAUCGCCUCGAUCAGCAGCAGCAACAGCAGCAGCCAACUCCAAGCCUCCGGAAUGAUAACCCUCUCGACUAUCGGUCCUUCUUCGAGAGCCGCCCCGCUACGUCCCCCACGCCAUCAACCAAUUCGACAAAGAUCUGGGCCCACGCUGCACAGAUAUACCUCGCGGUCGUUGUUUCAGGAUGGCAGCCGUCCAAUGCAGAGAUCCGCGCUGGCGUGGCUCGCGUGCUCGAGCUGUUACGAACAGCCGACUGCUCGACCCACCUGAGAACCCUCGCCUGGCCGCUCUGUGUUGCAGGUUGUCUGUCCGAAGCGGGCAGCCAUGAGGAGCAAUUCCGGGACCUUUUCACGGGCAUGGACGAGCUCAGCAUGGUCGGUGCAUUAGGCGAGGCUCGACAGGUCAUGGAGAAGGUGUGGGAGAAGAGAGAGAGUGUGAACCAUGACACGUGGGAUCUAGCGGCUUGUUUCCGUAUACUGGGCGCGCCUGUAUUGCUGGUGUAG